UUGCUACUUUAUCUAUCAGUGUGCGAAAUGCGUCACUCAACUGACCAUGGUCUCACAUCGGGCAUGCAUAUCCAUCUUUAAUUGUCAAAAUUCCGUCGAAUUUAUUACUCCUUUAAAUUACAAGCCGACCUUUAAUUUUUUAGUACCUUCACUGAAUAUAUCUUACCUGCAUCAAGAAAUCGUUGUUACAUAAUUCUAAUAGCAGUCUAGUGACGGAAACAUGUUCAUGUUGAUACAUUGUUCUUAAUGCUGGUCCUUGCCCAUUCAAUUUUAGUUGUAGGGGAUAGCCCUGCUCAGGACAUAUUUAUCCUAGCAGGACAGAGUAAGAUGGCAGGAAGGGGUGGUAUUGCAAAUGGCAAAUGGGACGGAAUCGUCCCGCCAGAGUGCCAACCCAACCCUUGGAUUCUCCGGCUCACUGCAAACCUCACUUGGGAAGAAGCACGUGACCCUUUCCAUGCUGACAUUGACGUGGGCAGGAUUUGUGGGGUUGGACCCGGAAUGGCAUUUGCCAAUGAGAUUCUAACUCAUGGCUCGGGGAUUGGCGGUGGUGGUGGAACGAUUCGGGCCAUUUUACGGUAUCAAGGAGAGAGUGACGCUAGUACUAAGGAGAAUGCUGAGACAUAUAAAGGGAAGCUAGAGAAGCUCAUUCUGGACUUUCGCUCUGAUCUUAACCUACCCUUCUCCUGCAUAAACAUUCAGGUGGCACUUGCAUCCGGAUCAGGAGAAUUUGUAGAAACAGUGAGAAAAGCUCAAAUGGAGAUGAAGCUGCCCAAUGUCAAGUGUGUGGACGCCAAGGGAUUAGCUCUUAAAGCAGAUCAUCUUCACCUUACCACAAUACCUGAGGCCAAGGUGGGCUAA